CCUCCAUUCUCUCUCUCUCUCUCUCUCGAAUUUAUUUUGGCCGCCAUUUAAGGAGUCGCGCUCUUCGUCCUUCUGGAGUCGCUUCAAGACUUCACACCGCCGCCGCUCGAUCUUCAGGUAAAAACCCCCAUUGCCGACCAUCGUUUGUGAUUACGUUUCAACUGAGUAGUUCAAAUCUGCAAGCAUUCGUCGAACCCUUUCCCCAAUUCGAUUCAACUCUCAUGAAUCGGCGUUGCCCUCUUCUCUUUUCGCUCCUCAGUUGACGUGGGUGGUUCCCAUGUGCUACGCACUGGCUGCGGGGAUGUGAAAGGGCUUGAUUUUUGAACUGGGUUUUCGAUCCUGUUGUCGUUCUUGGCUUCUCUCUCGGCUUUAAUUCGGGGUUUCUGCAUGCGAAAUCGGAAGAAGAAAUGAGAUGCGCUUGGCUAGCUUGUGGCCGUCCUAUGGAUUCGUGUGUCGUGUUCGGUGUGCUCGAUGUGGGUCGGUAAGAUUGAGGUUUCUCCUGGCGCAAUCUGUGGUUUCUGCCUUAGCUAGGUCGUCGAAGCUUAGGGUCCGAGUCUUUAUUCUCGAUUCUGGGGGCUCAUGGGGUUGGUCCAAUUUGUCCUUGGUUUAAAAGAAGCACAUCAGUUUGUGGUGAUAAUAUAUGUUGACCCCCAUGCUUAUUUCUGUAAUCUUUCUCUAUGGGCUGUAAGCUCUUAGCUUGUUAGAGAGCCGACUGUUGUUUGCUCCGCAUAUUAGAUAAACUUCCAUCAGUUACAUUACGGCUUAGUCGCAAUUGGAAUUUCAAAUUUGUUCUCUCUCUCAUUGCUGGUCUUGAUCUCGAAAAAAGUAGCGAGCCGGAGCAGCUGAAGUGACGGUAUGUUGAGCGAUCUUGUAGCAGUACCAAAGUGAGAAAUUUGAAGUAGGACUACUUUUGGGGUUCCAGGACGGCUUUCCUCUUAUGUUUUACUGCUUUACGUAAUUAAACCCUGGCAUGGACAUCAUUGCAGAGCUAGCCAUGGAUACGUCAAAUCCGGCAGUUUUUGUGAAUGCCGAGUUGCUUGGUAGGUAUGUUGGACGGAAGGUCCGGGCAGUAAUUCAGGUUAUUCGAAAUGAUGGCACGGCGGUAAUUGGAAAAUCUACUGAUGAGAAGCAGAUGAUUGUAAAGGGCUUGCCGCCCUCUCAACUCACGACUUUUGUUGAGGUUAUUGGGAUUGCUGAUGGUCAAAAUUCCAUCUCUGCUGAUAAGUGGACCAACUUUGGUGAUAAUUUCGACACUUUUACUUACAACAAACUUUGUCAACUUGCAAAUGGUGAAUACCAACACCUAUUUCUUUGAGGUGCUGUGAGAUCCCUGCAGGUGAAGCUCAAAGGUUUCUGCUGUAUCACGCAUGCUAGGAGCGAUAAAAGCAUGAAUGAUGAGCCUGCUUUAUUUGUUGUGACCUCUUUAGUGUAGAAAGCUUUAGGUACUGUUAAGUCAUGUGUUAUGAUGCCCGCCCAGUCUAUUGCAAACAGAUUUGAUCUUCCCUUGAUGGCAGGGUUUAAUUUCUAAUAGAGAUACCUAUGUUUUGAACAUGUUCUUGAGCCUCUUUGAUGCUCAGAGGUGGGAUAACUUUUGUUAGGUUGUUGAAAAUGGAUAAGGUAGGUAGGAAGUAACAUUCCCUUGGAUUU